UCCGCCCGCCACAUCACUAGUAUGGCGGAACACUGAGCAGGAAUUCCGCUUAUGCGCUGAUGACAGCGUCGUGGAGGGGGUCACAUCGAUAAUGACCAUCCUGUGGCGAUACAGAACUGUUGCCAGGCUGCAAGCGGCAAUCCCAUAAGGCAACUAAUCAGCUGGGAGCAACUUGGCAGCAGCAGCAGAGCAUCCGGAGACACACAGCUGUGUGGGCCACCAGCUGGUGUAAAGACUUGUCAGACUGAGACGCUUCUUCCCUGAUGCUCUGAGUUGGACCUGUGCCUUUCUUUUUUUUUGUACAAGAGAACUCCUAAUUUGGAUGAACUAGUUUACUUCUCUUGGGGAGUUUAACAAAUAACACUAUGGAUUUGUUUGAGGUGCUACAUUUGGACGAGCUGUCCCACGGACUGGCAAACUUGUCCAUGUUUCCAUACUUUGACAUGGCGCAUUACAUCGUGUCAGUCAUGGCUUUGAGGGAGCAGCCAGGCGUUCUCGAGGUCUCCAGGGUCAGCCCUUUAGCCUGCUGGUUCAGCUCCAUGCUCUUCUGUUUCGGUGGAGCGGUGCUAUCUGCCAUCAUGCUGGCCGAGCCUGCUGUCGCUCCUUUGUCCAACAGCACCAGUGUUCUGCUUGCUUCAAUCAUCUGGUACCUGGUAUUUUACUGCCCCAUGGACCUGGUUUACUGCAGUACUGCUCUGCUGCCUCUCAGGCUGGUGCUUUCAGGAAUGAAGGAGGUGACCAGGACAUGGAAGGUGCUGGGUGGGGUCACGCAGGCACACAAGAAAUACAACGACAGUCUGCUGGUCAUGAUUGCCAUCGGCUGGGCUCGAGGUGCUGGAGGAGGCCUGAUCAGUAACUUUGAACAGCUUGUUCGAGGUGUUUGGAAACCAGAGACCAAUGAGCUCCUUAAGAUGUCUUACCCCACCAAGAUCACCCUGAUUGGAGCGGUGCUGUUUGCUCUGCAGCAGACACACUACCUUCCUCUCCAGAAGCACCACUUGAUGCUCCUCUACACCGUCUUUACCGUUGUCAACAAGUCGAGGAUGAUGCUGACAGGCUCCUCCACCUCCCCCUUUGCUGCCAUCGAGUCGGCAGUCUACAAGACCCUCUUUACCGGCCACUCCCCCUAUGCCGCCCUCACCGGUGAGGAAGAUAAACCUUGUAUCAGUAACGGAGCAGCAAACGCAACAACCUCCUCUGCAGAGAAAAACAAAGAGUCCAGUGAGAACGGAGAGGCAAGGAAGCACACCCCUGUUUCUCCUGUUAAGGGACAAAGUGAAUCACUCAAAGCCAAAGACGAGUCAGGGAACGCAGAGACAACAAGCUGCAAGAAGACCGACUAGUCAGCCUCUGCCCCGUAGCGCCUUUUCACCUCGAAGUAGGGUUGUGGAGUCAUUUCUGAUUCAGAUUGGUCAUGUCAGGACUUAAACUUUUCCGACUGCUGAAAAAGAAUUUCAAUAAGAGCCGACUCCAUCCAACCCUGCACCUUAUUGUGGGGUAAUCAGCCCAUCCUCGAAGUGCUGUGAUAUUCAUGCUGUGAGAUGUGAAAAUCAAACUAUCCUUUGGCUGAUUGCACACACGCAGUACAAAAGUGUAGCUUAAUUUUUAUGAUAUAUUUGUAAUGAAAACAAACUGAUGAUCUUAUCUCUGGGUUUUUGGGAACAAUUCUGUGCACCUGCUGCUCUAUGAAUGUUUGUCUUUUUUCCUCUCUACUUCAUGUAAAUGCUAUAUUUCCUACUCUGCAAUGGCAAAAAAAAGUAAUUUUAUAAAAGAGCUUAUAUUCUAUGACACUCAGAUAUUUUAUUCUAUUUAUACUAAAGAACUGCACUCUUGAAUGUAUGAGAUCUCAGAAUGGACGGCGUGCUUUUUAUUUCAUUACGUUUCUCUAUUGAAUGCUUUGAAAUCUGUUUAAAAGCAUGAGAAUAAAAAGGUUUGAACCCAC